UUAGAGCGCACCUCCCUUCUGCACCUGAAGGGUCUGCGUUCGCUUCACAGCAGCACAGCGCGCGUCCUGCUCACUUUCCUUCUUUACCGUCCCGACUCGCCGAUUCACAAACUUACCAAGAACAUGUUUCAGUUCAAGAGGUCGUUCGAGGGCGAAAAGCUUCAGCUGCAGGAACUGAAUCAGAGACUCGGGCAGUACCUGUCCAGAGCGAAGCUGUUGGAGCAAGAAAACGCUCGCCUGGUAGCGGAAAUAAACACAAUCAGGCAGAACAGAUGUGCAGGAUGGGAAGACACGCGCAUGGCCGAGCUGAGAGAGAUGAGGAGGCUGGUGGAACAGCUGUCUUUCGAAAAAUGCAGGGCGGAGAUGGAGCGAGAGAAGCUGCGCAGAGAACUCCAGCUGAUCCAGGCCAUGCGCUCCGACGAGUCGGCACUUGGCAAAGGUCUCGGUGGCGAGCUGAAGGGCUGCGAAAAGCAGCUGUGCCAUGCGCUCCAGACCAACAGCGCGUUAGAGGAGUGCCUGCUCCAGCUGCAGAGCGAGUGCGAGCGUUUACAUGAUGCGCACAGGAACGAGGUCGCGCGCCUCAGGAACCAGAUCCACACCCGGGUCUUACCUGUUGGGACUCGAACGUAUCACGGGCCGCCAGUGUUUACUCCGGAAGAAAUCCAGGAUUAUGCGCUUAAUCUGUCUGAAAGCUGGAUGGAGACGUUUGAAAUGUAUCGACGGCAGGUUGAGGAGAUGGAAGAAGCCAUAAAAGCAGAUCAGGCGAGGCUUGAAGAUAUUAGAAGAGAGAAGGUGGGGUACGUUUCCGAGCUGAACAAGCUGCGGGCGGAAAUGGAGAAACACAGCAAGAUCCAGCUGGAGCUCGAGAGGCAGCUCAUGGAUCUGCAUGACAAGUUUAGAAAAGAUGUCACACAGUAUCAGAUAAUCAUUGAAGAACUGGAAAGAGAGCGUAUGCUUGUGGCCAACACCAUUUCAGAAAAGGUGAAGGAGCAUCAGGACCUCCUACAGGUCAAAAUGGGGCUUGGCAUGGAAGUGGCUGCAUACAGGGCACUGCUUGAAGGUGAAGGUAAACAUGCUCAGAUGAGGUCUGACCAGUAUUCAAGAGAGAGAAUAAUAGAUAUCAAAUUGCCAGCCCAUCCUUACACUCCAAGAGGCUCCACCAUGACAGCCAGUCGGCCCGAAGUGAGAAGGAAUUUAAUAGGGUAUGAUGUCCGGAAUAUACAACCCAUUUCCAACAUGAGAAUCUCCACUGUAUCCAGUCAAUUUGAUUCCUGCAAAACCUCCAGGAUUUUGCCUAUUACUAUUUCAAAUCGUGCCCAACAGAGUCCUGCUGCAAGAAGAGACAUGAUUGCUUUCACCAAAGCAAAACAGGCUUCAGAUACACCAAGUGCAGCCAAAACUGAUGUCUCUGCUAGUAAGACUAGCACAAAAGUGAUGGAUGAACAACGGGUUAUCAUCAAAGGUGUGUCUAAAAGCCCACCAAGGAGUUCGCCUGAUCUUUUCCAGACAGAAAUACAAAACAAAUCAUUCCCUGCUGCCACAUCAGCAGUAGAAAUAAAAUCAGUGAGAGUUGUGGCACCACCUAUGAUGAGCCUAAACACUAAUGCGGAUACCCAUCAGAAAGUUGUUGAUAAGAAAGCUGAAAGAAAAGAUGAGAGGACAGAGGCAGAUCAUGCCAAGGCAAGAGAGCAACCUGAUGCAGCACCAUUUAUCCAGCAUGAGGAAUCCAACCAAGAAGAUGAGAGAGAUUUGAAAGAUUUUGGAAAUGUAGAACCAAAGGUAUUUGCAGGUGAGGAAAAAGUCUUGGACUCCGUGUCCAUGGAAGAAAUUAUUGAGAAGGUCAUAAAGCCUGCUGGCUUCGAUACAAAGCUCAUGUCAUCUGCUGACUCAAAGAUCACAUACCAUGUCAAGAAAAUGGAAGAAGACGAUGGAAGCACCAAGACUCAGAUAGUCCUGCAGUCAAAAGUGGAAGAGGACCUGGAUGUAUCAGAUGACACUGCUUUUGAUGAACUCCUUAGUAAGGGGGUACAUAAAGUCUCUCUGGAGGAUAUAGAAGGAACCCCAACAGGAAGCAUGAUACAGAACCUUCUGCGUCUUGGUCUUGAAGAUGAAAGCUUAGAAAACAAGUCAGUUAAAGUGGAGAUAAUGGAGGCACCACUGGAAUCUCAUAUUGAGAAAGGGGAAGCUGACAUUGAAGAGACUGUAGAGGUUAAAUCCAAACCUUACUUCCAACCUUCAUCAAUGUUCUUUCACAUUGAAGAACCAGAUAAUGAACAUGAGCCAGCUAAACAACAUGGAAACACUGACGAGUCUGAAAAAACCUCCGAGUACGUCAAGAGUGGAUUUGUGCAAGUGCAGGAAGUGACCAGAGAUGAAAGCCUCCCAUACUCUUCUCAGGGCCAAGAAACACAAGAAUACUUUGUUUCCACCCCUGAAGACAACAUGUCUGAUUCAGAGGAGGGUGGAGGAUUUAUGUCUUAUGGACAUUAUGGAGCCGUGGAAGAUCUUUCAGACGAGAGAUACUAUCAGGAAGAAGGUCUGACUACAAACAGGAGGUACUCUGAUGAAGGGGAAAAUAACAGGGAGUCACCUGAAUAUGUCAAGAGACACACUACUGGAAUUCCAGAGUGUAUUAUUGAAGAGGAGGUGCAUGUUUCUCCCAGAAUUCAAGAGUCCAUGCUGGAGAUCCUAAAAGAAGAGUCACUGGACCCCAAAGAACAGCUAAAGGGAGCACUGGAACAGCUCGAGGGCACUGUGGCUGGAGCACUAAAAGAAGAACUUGUUUCUUUCACCAGAGCUAGUCAAAGUCCUGAGAACCUGUCUGUUAAUGUCCAGAAAUUUCAACCAUCCCCAGACAAUGGAACAAUGACCUUUGUGGCAGAGCUUAAUAUUUCCCAGAGUCUGGAGGAUUCUGGACUGCUGCAAGAUGAGGCAGAUGACCUGUCACAGGAAUGGGUGACGUCAGCACUGCGGUCCUCCAGCUCUGACCUGCACCAGGCACAGAGUGCUGGAGCUGGUGGCGAGUAUACCAUCAGACUCUCCACAGAGGAGGUCCAAAAAGGGCAGAUGCCAUGGAUGACCAGCCAUGAGGAAACCGAAGGCUUGCACUCAGGUAGUGAAGUUAGCAAGACCGAGAAGGUCAUCAGGCUGGGGCCUAAUGAGAGAUCCUUCACGUUCCAAAUGGAUAUUAACAACAGCACAUCUGCAACGGGCACAGAAGGGAUGGAUUCUCAAGAUCAGAAAGGCAAUGGAGCCAACGUACCAGAGUUUCUACAGUCCCAGAAGACUGACCCUUCAUUAAAAGUCUACCAGGAGAAAAGAGUUGCUACUGUUUAUCUUGAAAACCCCCAGGAGGACUAACCAAGAUCUAGAUAAAACCAUCUAUAACUAAUCCAAAUCAAAACACGUGUUAUAUAAUCAGGUAUGGAGAGACAUUCGUUACACAUCAAGUACUUAAAGGUUUGCUUUCUAUGCAAUCAUGUCUUUCUUCUCUGUAGGCUCCAAGGAAUUUGUCACAUUUAUUACAUGUCUUGGCCUGGAAUGAUGUAAUAAAAAUUUAGUCAAGUUAAUAAAACAGCAUUCAAUAUCAUUGCUUGCAGGAUAUAACUCUGUCUUGUAAGACUACAUAAACGAUUUUAAACCAAAUAUCAAUUCAAGUAGCACCUACUGCUAAUCCUGUAUUCAAAUCACUGCUUUGUGUUUCUGAUUCAUAAUUUUUUUUCUCUUUAAUCUGCUUCCUUUUACUUAAUAUUUUACAUUGAACAUGUAUCAUUUUGAUCUGCGUAUUCUUUAGUGUAUAUGCACUGUCAUCUUUUACUUUGAUUAUAUCGUUUUGGUGUACCACACUUUUAAAUUACUACGGUCUACAAUUACUAAGGUCCACAGUUUGUUCUAGUGUAGAUUGAAAUAUAUUAUGUAUUUAUGGCACCAAGAAAACAUCACACCUUAAAUAUAGAACAGGGGUGUCUGUUCCUUUUGCAUGUGCCUAUUCUGGGUUAGCUGAAUUAGGUUAUUUUCCUGCUCAAACACGCCUACUAAACAUGUUAAUUAACUAGUGAAUAGAAUUAGUUGUCUUUGAGGGAAAUAACUAAACACUCCUGGGUUCUUGUGCACUGUAACCGGAGCUGGAUUUUAUUCUGAGUACUGAUUUUUUCAUCAUGGCCCCUAAUCAGAAUUGAUUGUUGUCAGAAUCUGGCUCUGUGAUUUGCUAGAGAUCUCAGACUAUCCUUCUUGCCCUUCCUAUGUCCUUUAAUCCUUAAAUAACAUUUGCAUGGCAUUCACUAAUCCAGCAUCCCUGCACUUCUAACACGAGGGCCUUUUCAUUGUUCAGGAUUGAGUGAGUGAAAGAUAGAAAGUGAGAUUGAGAUGAAAAAUUAAAGGUUUUUCUUAAAGCAACAGUGUCAGGCUAGGUGUCACUGAGGUAGUGUCUAAUUGCAUGUUUGUAUGACAAGUGUAUUUUGGGACCCUUACUCAUGCGUCACAUGGUGGUAACGGAGGGAGGGAGAAGAAAAGAGAAAGUGAGGGGCACUCUGGAGUUUUCUGAGACUACGUUCAGACUGCACCCUGAAACGACCCAUAGCUGAUUUUUUUGCCCAUAUGCGACCUGUAUCCAAUUUGUUAUUGACAAUCUGAACGACACAGAUCCGAUUUUUUUCACAUGCGACCCAGGCCGCUUGGAUAUGUGGUCCUAAAUCCGAUGCAUAUCCGAUAUUUUCACAUGCGACUGCAGUCUGACCGGACAGGUCAUAUUCAUGCGACCUACACGUCAUCAACAAGAGACAAACGUCACUAUUCUGCAUUGGCUAAUCCCGCCUCUUUGGUGGAAAACAACAUUUGUACAGUUUUCAGAAUUUAAAUAGACUUUUAUAGAAUUGAUCAAGCUAAUAGUGGAUUUGGUAGGGACCUGGAUGUUUAUCUGUUAGCCUGAUUAAAUAAAACAGUUUCUAUAACUGAUUUAUAACUUAAACCAUCCUGUAUUACAAGAUUAUAAGAUUGUUCUGGAAAUUUCCAGUAAUUUGACACCUUCGGUCUCAUUAGUCUGCUGCCCACAUUAAUCAGAUUAUUGUGUGCGUUCCGCCGCCGCCACAAAAACCACACCGCCAGGUCUCGCCUCAUCUCCAUAGCAAACUGCACUGGUGUUUAUGCACCUUGAGCCAGCGCUGAGAGAAGUUGCAGAAUUCAGCUGGCUAUAAACAAUCUAAAUAAAUAUUUAUAAAAAUGUAGAAAAAGUUUAUUAAUAUGACGAAAUAAAUAUGUGCAAAUUAUUAAGCCUGAAUUAAGAGUUUGGUAAUACAGCGGCCGUAUCCCAAAUGACUGCCUACUGAAGCUCGAGUGCACUAUAUAGAGUUUAAAAAUCCAUUACUUCCUAGUAACAUGUAGUGCACUUGUAUAGAAAUUAGAGAGACAUUUAGGAGUCAACCCUCGUUACCAGGCUACACGUUUUCAUUUCAGUUCAGAAACAAAAACACACACGAGACCUCACACUUUAACACUAACCAGAUAAUUAAACAAAAAAAAAAAAGAAAUCAUUAAACUUGAAGAGUGCGCUUUUUUUUUUGUUGUUGUUUACGUAUUACGUAGAUGUGCUUAUUACGUGUCAAUUUGCGCAUGCGGGACACUUUUGGGUCGUUUUCCGUUCAUAUUGGAGAUCGCAUACAAGUCUCAUAUAAUUGGUAAUGUGAACGGCCUAACAAAAAAAUCGGAUUUCACAACAAAUCGGAUAUGGGUCGUUUCAGGUUGCAGUCUGAAUGUAGUGUAAUAACAUGAGUCCUAAAGAGUUGUGUAUGUGUGGGUAUUUACGAUCACAUGUUGAACAUUAUUAUUUGCAACAUUAAAUAACUAUACUGUACUGUACUAUAGUUAUUUGAUAGUGUAAUACAUUAUACUCUUCUCUGUUUCACACUAACUCUCUUGGAAUCAGUUUAUUUUGGUUUGGUUCUGAAAACCUUUUUGCCCUGCUGUAUUGUGUAGUGUAUUAUAGUGUUGUGCCUGUUCCUAAUUAUAAAAUUAUCAAUAUAUAACCACUGUAAUAUUGGUAAACUGAAGUUUUGUCUGGCAGUGGUUGAAUAAUAACUCCUUUCAUUGUUUUUGAAAGUUGUGACAUUUCCAAAAUAAUUACCUGCAAAAUAUAGUGGAAAUACUUCAUUAUUUAUUUCCAGUGUUCCUGCAAUAACCAUCACCGUCAUAGUGUUUGAUGAUGGUGUUUACCCAAGGCUUGCCCUGUGUCCGAAAUCACUCACCACUCACUAUAUAGUGGACUAUAUAGUGAGUUUGCCAUUUUGUAGUGCUGUCUGAAUGUAUAGUGAGAAUUAUUACACCCUAUAUAGUGUAAUAAUAUAGUGUAUAAUAACAUAGUAUCCCACAAUGUACCGUGAAAAGUAGUGUUCAACCGAUGGUCACUAACCAAGCAAUAUAUCCCAUCAUGCAUUGAAAGAAAAAAAAAAAGUGUGUUGGGGUGAAUGAAUGGAAGAAGAAACACAUUAUAAAUGGACACUCAAGUACAAUUAAAAAUAGUAAGAGAAUAGAAAAUAAGCUAAAAUAAAAUAUAAGAGUAAAAGUUAGAGUGCAGAGCGAGGAAUUAAUCAAAAGCCUCAAAUUUGAUUUAAUAAAAGGCAGCGGCAAAGAAGAAAGUAUUCAGCCUUGAUUUCAAAGAACUGAAAGAUGCAGCAGACACAAAGUACUUUGUAUUUAUUAAUGUGGGAAAUACGCUCAGUAUAAUAUGGAUUUAUCAGAAAAAUACAUAAAUAUUAUCAGCUGGGAGGUCCGUAUCAUGAAAUACUGUGACCGAGGUCUUGAAAAUACUGACCUCGGCCCAGAGGCCUCGGUCAGUAUUUUUAAGGCAGAGGUCACGGUAUGGACCGAUCUUAAACUGGUAAAUAAUAUAUUUAUUUUUUUCUUUACCAGAUUCUAAUAGAAAAUAAGAGUGCCCGAAAGGGAAACCAUAUUUAGAACAAACCUGCUACAAGCUUGUCAAAAACCUGUUUGACAAGCUACGUCAGCUCAGAAUGCUGUAAAAUUAAUGCUAUUAUACUGAGAAAUGCGAAAAUAAAUGUUGACAAAAAAUUGCUACUAUGUUUGUUGUUGUGAACAAGCGAGUCGCCAAAGGUCCGUAACUGGGGUCCGGAUCAACGAUUUGAUGGAAACCAGACCACAAAAAAAAAAAAAAUGCAUGUAUUUAUUAUUUUGAAAACCCACCAGCCGACUGAUCUGGCAUGUUUUAAUUGUGCGACAGUAAUGACGUAAAUAACGGCAUGGCCGAGUAGUGUCUAAAAGUGUUUUUUCAUUAGACCAAUGAGCUCGCUAUAUAAUCCUCUAUAUAGAAUUCCCUAGAUAGUGAGUAGGGAGUAGUGAAUGAGUGAGUGACUUCAGACACAGCCUUGGAUUUAUUUUUUGUCACUUCUACUGGUAUACUUUUUUCAACCAAUAGUAGGUGUAAAUUAGAAGUAUACCUUUUAUGCAUUGGGAAUAGUCUCGUGCAAAUUUUUAUUUCUAUAUCAACUGGCACAUGUUUUUGUGGACUCCUCACACAUUCUCUUCCAUAUUGCAUCCUCAUUGUCUGGGUAUUAAUUCA